UUCUGUCUCGAUUUCGCUUCAAUUCAAUGAGUUUUGUUACUUUAAUUUCUUAGCUAGUUCGUAUUUUUAUAUUGAUUGCUUUUAUUCUGACUCUGGAAAUUGUUCAGGCAUAGCAUUUGAAUUUUCUAAUUUUUGGGUUGUGUUUGAAGCUUCUGUGAAUUUAUAGACAGUUGAUAUCUUCUAAUCGACAAUUUAUGGAAGAAUUGGUAUGAUUUUCUCUUCUCGUGUUGCCAAUUUUCUGAUCCGAUCACCGGCAAAUUGUUUAUGAAAAAUUAUGAAGUGUGUGUGCAUAAUCAGGAUUAAUGAUGCUUAUAGGUUGAGUUUUUUUUUUUGGAAUAGAUACAAAUAGUUGAUGAUAUUCAAUGCAGCAAAUUUGAAGGCUUAUAGGUUGAGUUUUUUUUGAAUGGUGCAUAUAGUUGGUCAUAAUUAAUGCAGCAAAUGUUGAGGCAUUCAAUUUGAAUACCUUAUGUCACCAAUUGGUUUUAAGAUGUAAUCGUGCUAGGAUCUGAUUGGUCUCGCUUCGUGUAACAACUAUGAAAACAAUCAAUUUAUUGGCUUCAAAGUGAGCUAUAUUUACCGACAUCUGGUUUUCAUGGCAGGAGAUAUGAUUUGAAAUGCUAUUUCAUGUCAAAAGACGAAAUCUUUUCAAGAGAGAAUCAUGAAUACAAUAUCGAUUGCUCUUUUGAUCUCGUUGUUCUUUGUGUUCCCAUUUGUUUUGGAACGUUGAUGACUUCAAAACAUCGAUUUAGGUGUGCAAGAAGGCUUAUUAGGCCUACUCUUCAUCAUACUAUGACAUGUUUGUUGUGUUUAUUUCAGGAAUCGCAGCGACUUUUGAGAUGGCGAAUGUAAAUGAGAAGGAUGUCGAUUCAGGAGGUGAGGAGGAUGUUACGAAUUUCAGAAUCCGCACGAAAUUGCUGAGUAGUUGCUCAGGUGCAGGUGUAAAUGCAGCAUCAAGUGUGAACCUGCUGGCUUUUGCAACAACCGAUCAUCCCCUGUCUGAAUUAGUCUGGUCACCGCACACCGGCCUCAGCCUCAAAUGUGCUAAUCGCGGGGACGAUGCUAGGAAGCCUUUUCUCCUGUGGAAUGUUGGACCGAGCACCAUGGAGCGAGGAAAUGGAGAUGAUCAUGACAUGAUCAUUGAUAAGGACUUAGUAGGUCCAAGUCAUGAUGUGGUCGAGAGGGAGGCGGAUUCAUUCCAUCCGCGGACUGUCCUGACCGAAGAAUCAAGGAUAGAACUUGCUGAAGGCGUGGUUCCUGCUACCCCGGCUAAAGGCUCGUGUAUGGGAAGCAGGUGGACAGGGAAGGCGUUGUCGGAUGGAGACAUCUACAGGAGAUCAUCGGACGAAGAUGAUGACAGUGUGGAGAGUUCUAUGAGCACUAGGCUGACUCCGAAGGGUGUGAAGAGGAAGAUAUGCGACGAAGAUGCGAUUCUCGGGAGCAAGAAGAUGAAGCAGAUUCAUGGAAGCGAUGGAUCUACACUUGUGAUGAAACCGGAUAGUUCUUUCAUGAAGUGGAUAUCGAACAUGAUGACCAACGGUCGUCCUCAUCCUAAUAACGAGGAUUCUGAAUCGCCCCUGCCUCUUGCUUGUGCGAACGAUGUGUACAGUAAGAAUUUCGUGUGCUUCAAACCGCGAGGCUCUGCAGCUGCAAGCAUCAGCAUGGGGUUUCAAGCCGUGUUCCAGUCUUUGUACUGUCGUGAGACGGAUGAGUUGAGCGCAGGAGAGGAGAAGAUGGUCGAGCCCAUCGAAGUUUCUAGAGAAGGCGCGGUGGAUGGUGUAAAAUCACCUGAAAAUAUACAUGUUGAGCACCUAGCCAAAGAUACGGCUUCGGAUGGAGUGGCCCGUGCUGCUGAUGCUUUAGGCGAAGAGACGAAGAUUCCUGAAAAAGAAGCGUGCCCGAAUACGACAGUGGGACCGAGCAAACCUCGUACAAGUUUGUGGAUUACUCGUCUUGCCACCAACACUCUUAGGUUGGAGAAAGGCAAGGAGACAGCUGAAGAAACCAUCAGAUGCUCCUCCUACGGUGUUUCUCCUACUCAUCGGACUAUCACCACAAUGCGGAAUACAGCUUCUAGGACGGAGAUGUUUGACGCAAUCAGGAGCCUACGGCUUAGUCGGGCGGAUGUUAUGAGAUGGAUGGAUUCGGAGGCUCCUUUGCGCGAUCUAGACGGUUUCUUUGUGCGAUUGCGGCUCGCGGGAGUAGGGGGAGGUAGUUACUAUGUGGGUUGCAUAACAGGUGAAAGUAGUUCAAAGAAAGCCAUCUUGGUGGAUGUGGGAGGCGUCAAAUCGUCCAUUGCUACACAAUAUGUGUCUAACCAUGACUUUCUUGAGGAUGAAAUCAAGGCUUGGUGGAACAGGAGCCUAGGUAGUGGCUGUCGGAUUCCUUCCUUAGCCGAGCUCAACUCCAAGUUCAACAACCCACACACGAUGGAUGCUGGACGGAGAACAACGGAACAGUGAAGAAAGCAACUCUCUUUUUUUGUUUGCUUUGAAAUGGAUUAUGGAAUGCCUCCCUCCAUUUUGUUUGUUUUCUCUCAUAUAAUAUGUAUCUUUAUAUUAUCAAACAUGUUUUUGAACUCACUUACUUGGUGCCACAAAUUUAAUCAGACCACAAUUGUAUUGUAUUUUUUCAA